CGCAUCCGUGACAUCCCACAAGCCCACUGCAUUGACGAAGCCCCAUUCUUGACAUGCUGUGGUUCUACACAGUACAUGAGGUCAGCAGAGGCUGGUGCUUGCCGCCAAAAUUGUGUGUUGGCAGAGCCCUGUAACCGGCAGGCAAUUUGGCCCGUAACCGGCAAGCAUCAGGCUUUAACUUAGCUUUUCCCUUCAACCCUCCAUGAGACCAACCUCCAUCGUCAGCUCUCGGCUCUCAUCCUUCUCAAGACCAUUGUUCAUCAGGCCCCAUCGUGCCAUCGGCAUCCCAGCACUGCCACAUCACCGUUAUCACCCCACCCGUGUGAACCCAGUCAAGAUGUCGUCGACCCGAGCCAGCAAACGCCAGAAACCCGUCCACGACGACGGCGACAACAACAACAACCCCUUCCGCCUGGUCUACUGGCCCACGCUCCCGGGCCGCGGCGAACACAUCCGGCUCGCCUUCGAAGCCACGGGGACUCCGUACAUCGACGUGGCCAACAAGACCGACGAGGGCGUCCAGGCCGUGCUGUCGCAGAUCGACGCCAAGAACCACGGCGACGAGCACAACCCGCCGCCCUUGGCCCCUCCGGUCCUGGAGCACGGCGCCCUGACCAUUUCCCAGACGCCCAACAUCCUGCUGUACCUGGGCCCGAAGCUCGGGUUGGUGCCCGACGCCGCCGAGGAUCCGUUCGGAGCUUACCACGUCAACGCGCUGACCUUGACGGCGCUCGACGGCCUGUCGAACGAGACGCACGACGUGCACCACCCGGUCGCCACCGGCCUGUACUACGAGGACCAGAAGCCCGAGGCGCUCAAGAAGGCCAAGGACUACCGCGCGCAGCGACUGCCCAAGUUUUUGGAGUACUUCAACCGCGUGCUGUCCGGACCCGCGAGCGGUGGCGGCGAAUACCUGUACGGAGGCAAAUUGACGUACGCCGACCUCGUGCUGUUCCAGUGUCUUGACGGCGUGACGUACGCGUUUCCAAAGUGUCUCGCGAGUCUCAGAAAGAGCGGCAAGUGCGACAAGGUCUUUGCGCUGUAUGACCGCGUCAAGGGCCUCGAGAGGAUCAAGACGUACCUGGAAAGUGAUAGGCGCAUGAAGUAUGGAUUGGGCAUCUAUCGCUACUAUCCCGAGUUGGAUGAGGAUGCGUAAUGAGUAUGAAAGGCUCAAUCUGUGACCUGACCGGACCGGACCGUCCAUGCCCGUUGAAUCUUAAAUCAAGGGGCGUCCAUGCUGUUGACCAGAAGUGAAGAUAUCACCCCCAAGACAAUGGAUACUGUAGAUGCGCAAUUGCAGAUGGGAAUGGGGACAGUACUAGUAUCGACUGACUCGGUAGGAUUUCAAAGACUGAAGUCAAGAUGAAGAAGAAAAAGAAAGAGAGAAUAAAAGAACGGAAACUUGUCAAUUGUCAAUUAUCAAUCACUUUCCCCCGAGACGAUUCGUUGGUCUUUUUUCCUGUUUGAUAAUGACCGGACUACGGAGUACAUCGUCACUCAAUAGGUCGAGCACGCUGAUUAC